CUAGUUGUUAAUCGCUGGAAUUCUGGAACGUACGUAUCCUGGCUUUGUUUUCUCUCGUAUAAUCGCUCGAAUUUUUGAAAUAAGUUAGCUUCGCGCCCGUCCAGCAGACGAUGGAUCAUUCAGAAUUUGCACCAAUCAAUGGUAUAGCGCUGAACUCUGCUUAAAUGUCAUAACCAUAUACCGAAUGACAAUGAUCAUCCCCGAAAUUGACAGUGACUAAUAGAUCAAAGUGACAUUCAAGAUAGAAUUGUGAAAAUCAUCGAUAAAAAUGCUGCGGUAUAUUUAUAUUUAAUCAUUGUUUCCAGGGGAACGGGAUCGCGGCUGAAUAUCUGUGGACCCUGCAGUUGACGCUGUGAGAUUUGAUUGUUCGAAUUAAUCAUGGAGGAAGAUGAUGAGAACGCUUACCUAGAACAGCGCCGCAGUCGUAGCUACUCGCAGCCAAGUAUAUACAGAUCGACGCAGACCAAUCUGAGCCGUCAAUCACAACUGAGCUUAUACCAAAGCGUUCGAGGAACAUUAUAUGAAAGUGCAAUAAGUAUGAAUAGUUUACAAAGUGCAGCAUCUACAAGAAGCAUCCACUCAGCUUGCAGCGGCGAUUCUGUUACCAUAAGAUACAAUGAUUUUACAAUGGUUGAUGGUGAAAAUUUUGAUGAGCUUGAGGAAGACCAACCAGGUCGGAAGACUAGACUGCUCUCCCACUAUGCUACAGCCUCCAGUUUAUAUUUUCGGGAUGAAGUACGAUCUAUCGACUUUGUGCUGGUCUGGGAUGAACUUGACAAUGAAGCAACGACGUACAAGAGCGUGGAGUUGAGAAGGGUAUUUGAGAAGAACUUGAAACGAGAAGGUUUAGAGUUGGAAUGUGAACGCCCCGAUUCCAAUGGCUUACAUUUCAUCAAAAUCCAUGCUCCGAGAGAGGUUUUACGACGUUAUUCUGAGAUAUUGAAGCUAAGAAUGCCGAUGAAGGAAGUACCUGGAUUGCAUCGAACGGAAAGCUCUACUAAUGUUAUCGUGAAGGAAGUGAAUUCUGUCUUUCGACGUCUCCUGAGUAGAUAUUAUGUCGACACAACUAUGUUCCCAACAAUGAAGCAUCGAUUCACCGCAGUCUAUAGCAGAGAUAAAGAGUACUUAUUUGAUCUGGAUACACCAGAAUUUUUCACGCCAGCUACACAUUCGAGAAUAGUACAAUUCAUAUUAGACAGGACAAGAUUUACCGAAGAUAAAGAAGAUGACUUUGCAUUUGGAGUGGAACGACUCAUUGCUGAAAGAGCUUACGUUGCUGCUUAUCCGUUGCAUGAUGGUGAUCUCCGCAACCCGGGGUCUAUGCGGAAUCUCUUGUACACAGAAUGGGCCAGUGUUAGGAAAUGUCUUCACUAUCAGCCCUUGGAUUACAUAAAAGAAUACUUUGGCGUUAAAAUUGGCCUGUAUUUUGCUUGGCUAGGUUUUUACACUCACAUGUUGGUCCCAGCCAGCAUAGUCGGUCUACUUUGCUUCAUUUACAGUUGUCUCACAUUACAUUCAGAUCAGCCAAGUCGUGACAUUUGUGAUCCUAAUACAUCAAUAGUAAUGUGUCCCCUAUGCGACGGACUGUGUGGGUACUGGAAUCUUACGGAAACAUGUCUACAUGCACGAGUCUCGUACCUCUUUGACAAUCCAUCGACUGUUUUUUUUGCCAUGUUUAUGUCGUUGUGGGCUGCCUUGUUCCUAGAGUUAUGGAAGCGUUAUUCAGCUGAAAUAACUCACCGUUGGGAUCUGACUCGACUAGACGCUCAAGAAGAGCAUCCUCGACCACAGUAUUUAGCUCGACUUGCUCAUGUGAAAAGAAAGUCUGUCAAUACGGUUACAAACACUGUGGAGCCGCACGUUCCGUUUUGGAAAAUGAAAUUUCCAGCAAUCAUGUUGAGUUCUUCUGUUGUUUUAUUACUGAUAACUAUUGCCAUGGUCGCAGUUUUGGCUGUUGUAUUAUACAGAAUGUCAGUCCUGACGGCAUUAAGUUUCUAUAAAAAUCCUGUGAUAACGAGUUACGCCAUGUUUCUCACCACUGCCACCGCAGCUUGCAUCAACUUGUGCUGCAUUGUCAUUUUCAAUUGGAUGUAUGUCUGGCUCGCAGAAUAUUUAACUGAGGUUGAACUUCUUCGAACACAGACUGAAUUCGACGACAGUCUAACUCUGAAAAUAUAUUUACUACAGUUUGUCAACUAUUACGCUUCCAUAUUUUACAUAGCAUUUUUCAAAGGCAAAUUUGUUGGAUAUCCGGGAAAAUAUACACGGUUUUUUACUUUUCGUCAAGAAGAAUGUGGACCCGGAGGGUGUCUGAUGGAUCUGUGUAUACAAUUGAGUAUCAUUAUGGUUGGCAAGCAGGCAAUGAAUUCAGUUCUGGAGAUGGUUUUUCCACUAUUUUAUAAAUGGUUGAAUACCUUAAAAGUCCAUGUCGGAGCCAAGGAAGGUAAGAAAAAACGGAAACCGACGUCUAAAAUAUUUCUCCAAUGGGUCAAGGAUUACAAACUGGUACAGUGGGGUCCGAGGAGCUUGUUUCCAGAAUAUUUGGAAAUGGUAUUGCAGUAUGGUUUUGUAACAAUCUUUGUCGCGGCUUUUCCUUUGGCACCAUUUUUUGCGCUACUAAAUAAUGUACUUGAAAUGCGACUAGAUGCAAAAAAGCUUUUGGUCAUGUACAGAAGACCAGUUGGGCAACGAGUCAGAGAUAUAGGUGUUUGGUAUCGGAUUCUUGAUUCUAUUUCCAAAUUAUCAGUUAUCACAAAUGGCUUCAUCAUAGCUUUUACUUCAAAUUUUAUCCCACGUUUAGUCUAUGUCUUGACUGAAUCCGAAGAUACCUCUUUGAAAGGAUUUCUGGACCAUUCACUUUCUGUAUUUAAUACUAGCCAGUGGGAAAACCCUACUCGUAUGGCAACAUUGAACGACUCUGUACAAUUCUGUCGAUAUCCUGACUAUCGAGAGCCACCAUCAUCACCAAAUAGAUAUAAACAUAACAUUAUGUAUUGGCAUGUUCUUGCUGCCCGUCUUGCCUUUGUUGUGGUAUUCGAAAACGUGGUAGCUCUCGUGAUGAUCCUAAUUCGUGGAUGUAUUCCAAACACGAGUAAAAAAUUGCGUGAUCAAAUCCGUCGUGAAAUCUACAUCACUAAUGAGAUAAUAAUUCAGCAAGAAGCAUCACGUGCUUGUGGACCAUGUUCUACAGAAGAAAAUAUAACUCGAAAAAAUGCUCCGAUCACAGAGACGACACAGAGGUUGAACAGAGUAAUACAAAGUUCGUUAUCAAAUUCUGAAUUUGACUUGGAAGUCCAUGGUAGUCCAGUAUCUCCACCUCCACAGCAUUCAAAAGCGGAUCUUCCAAUAGUGUAGUUUUGGAAUGGAAAAAUUUCAGUUUUUACUACGUAGGUGCUACAAUAGGCGUACCACUAGCAGGAAAUUAAAAGAAAUUAUCAUUCUGACUCUGGAAUACUUGCAGCAAAUCCUAGAUAUACAUGCACGUAGCAUAAUUUUGAAAAGUGGGCCUAUGUUAUUUUUAGAUUUUGUUACAAUCAUCUGAUAGGAGCACGUGCAUUUACGAAAAACUCAUGCGUACUUAAAUCCGAUUUUCAAAUCUAUAUUGUAAUACUGUUUGUUCCUAUGAACUUUUUUUCAUCUUAUCAUUCACCUCAAUCAUGCGUUUUCUGUAGCAGAAGUCUAGUCUGGAUCUCAGUUUAUACCUCGGAUGGUACAUACUAAUGAAGUUGAUAUUUUAUACACAGACUAUUCUGAACUAUAAUUCGACUCAAAUCAUAAUCUCAUUGCCAAUCCUCCAUGAUAGUCUAAGUUUUAAAAUAUCUUUUGGAGUAGUACAAAAAAUACAGGCUCUAGGUAAUUUACAAAUUAUACAAAUGUUGGAGCCGAUGGUACAUGUAUAUUUUUAUGACAUUAUUAUAACUGUGUAUGCGAUGAUUUUCAGUCAACGCUUAUACCAUAACUUGUUAAGUUUGAUUCUGAUUUAUUGUAGAAAUAACGUCACCAAGUGGUAGAACGUAGAAAUAUUACAUCCAGACAAAUCGAUACUCAAUAUUUACGAAUGAUAUUAAUUGUACAAUAUAUUUUUAUUGAUAUAUUUAAGGACUGCCACUGAUUGUGAAAUCUGCAUCGAACACUAGUUGAAAAAAUUUAAACAAAACUA